AUGUAAACAAAAACAUUUAUUUUGGAUGCAAUUAAUCACAAUUAAUUGUUUGACUGGUAUAUAGCUAACUAAAAAAGUUAGCUCUUUUUGCAAACAAACUCUUCAUGUAUAUGUUGGAAAAUCAAAUCAGGUAAUAAUGAGAGAAAAAAUAUCCACACACUUUCAUUCCAAGCAGAGCUCACUUGAGAGGAAAACCUCAUAAAAAAUAAUCCCUGUCCUGCAGAAGUGAUGUGUGAUGUUGUGUUGUGUGUCAGGCGUCCAGCAGAGGUCAGGUCAGGGGUCAGCGCGCUCUGGUCUCCCGUCUGUGACGUCCAUCAGACAGUAAACACUGAGAAGCAUGUCAUCCGGCUCUGAGAGAGACUCUAAUAAAACCUUCUGCAUUCACCGCUGUUUCUGCACAUCUGAUCCUCUGAAAGGUUUGUUUUUGGUGAUGAGAACGUGCCCCUGUGGUCUACAGUGACGUGACUGUCAGAGGAUAAAGACCCAACGUCACAUAAAAUGUCACGUUCUGGAUGGUAAUUUAUAGCUGCUUCGUUCGCUCGACUUCAGCCUAAACCUCUCCCUCUCUUGAAUUAUGGCUAAUAUGAUAAGAUUCAGACUUUACACUUAAUAAGAUGUCAAGUUCCUGGUGGUGCUGGUGUCAAAAAACAUGUUUUGAUUUUACUACAGAUUUCUAACGCUGAACUUUCUAUUCAUCUUUGAAUCCUAACAAAUAAAACGUUUCCACAAAAGCGUUGGGCGGCACAAUUCCAAAUGAUGCCGAAAAUUCAGUUUUGGUUACAGCAAUUGAUCACAGUUUAGCAGGUAUUGUAGGGUUACUCCAAAAUACGCUCGUACGGCCAUUGCCGGAAGUCAGUGAUUUUAAGUUAUAAUUUAAAAAAUAUAAUUAUCUUUUGUUUACGAAAACCCAUCAAUCAGCUUCAGAAGACACGUGUGAACCCCCUGGAGGCGUAUAGUGGAGCGGAUCAACAUGAAAUGCAUAAAAACAGGUCAGUUACACCAAACAGUUCAGUUCUGAAUCAGUUGGGUUCAUCGUCUUCCUCAGUUCUCCACAAACUAUCAUGCAAGUAAAUAGACUUACAAGUCCUCUGGAUAGCAGUGAAGCGCGGUGUCAUACUUCCUAAAAAUGUUUCCCAAUGGAAACCUGUACAGGAGAAAAAAAGUGUAGGUGCCAAAACAGAGCCUUGAGGCACACCACAUAUAAGCUGUGAAUCUCACAGCCACGCUUCUAGCAGUCAAGUGCGACUAAAACCUUCUUCAGUAUCCCUGAUCUGUGUCAAAGUCUCCAGUUAAACCUGAUAACACGAGCACGGCUGGAUCGGCAGCAUCCACAUCCUCAUCCAAGACUCCACAGAACGAUGCUUCCUGAAACCAGACCUCUAAACCUCACUUAUUUUCUUGUUAAAAGCACAUAGUUGCCUAAACUCCACUUAGUUUCAACAUCUACGCUUUUGUUUGCAAUCUGACGUAUUAAUACUAAGUCCAAUGACCUUUUUUAGAUAAGUUCAUAUAUAUUGUGAUUCUUCCUGAAGGUUAAGGUGGGUGGGUUAGUUUUCUCAGCACAUGGUGAUAACUUCAUUCUGGAUAUCUAGAGCAAUGAUUGGACAGUUUUUUUUUGCAUUACUCCUUUUAUUACUGCUUUCUGGAAAUGCUGAUAAAAUGGUUGGUUCUAAUCGAUAGCUGCUGUUCAAUAAAGGUUUAUUGCUAGGCCGUAUAACCGGGACGGACGUGUAUUAAACUCUGGGAGCGCGGCGUCGGCUGAGGUUUACAGGUUUGAGUGCGAGAUGUCCAGAAGAGUGUGUGUCCUGUCGUCUGCGGAGGUGCUGCUCUCCACGCUGCUUCUUCUGCUCUUCGUGGUCUGUGUGGGACUCGGUGUGGUCAGCUGGCUCGCUCUGGACACCGCAGAUGCUGGAGGAGAGCAGAGCUCUUCAGAGUUCAGAGGGAUGCUGGUCAUCUCUAACGGGAGCGUCUUCACCGAGGAGCUGCUGGACAAACACAGCGCUGCGUUCAAAGCUCUGGCCUACGACUGCCAGCUGAAGAUUGGUGAUGCUUACAGUCGAACUUCCUUGAAGGAGCAGUUCAGAAGCUCCAAGGUCAACCAGUUCAGUGAAGGCAGUGUUCUGGUGUUCUUCGAGCUGCUCUUCAGAGGUGUUCUGGAUGCUCAGACGGUUCAGGAUCAGUUAGUCUCUGGUUUACAGCAGGCCGAAGGUUCAGGGGAUGGACUCGUCAUCGACACCGACAGCGUGCAGGUCUCAGAUAAAGCAGAUACGACCACAGCAGAGGCAGUCACUGCAGUGAACUGUCCAGAAGGAGAGAAGGCUUGUGCUGACGGGUCGGUGUGUGUCCCUCUAUCUGACCUCUGUGACGGAGAACAGAACUGUGCUGACGGCUCCGACGAACAUCACUCUCUCUGUGCAACAGAGUGUGACGGUCAGUUUCUUCUGCUCGGUCCGUCUGGAUCCUUCCACUCCAAGAACUUUCCCGAGGAGUACGACAGUCCCACAGACUGCCGCUGGAUCAUACGAGUGACCGAGGGCUCAGCCGUCAAAAUGGUCUUCCACACGUUCCACACGGAGCAGGACAUCGAUGUUCUGAGGCUGUACGAGGGCACCGGCCCCAAGAAAACCCUGACAUACUCUCUCUCAGGUGCAUCACCUGGAGACGUAUGGCUCUUAUCACAUGAAGUUACAGUCGAGUUCAUCGCAGACUAUGCCUACAGCCUUCAGGGAUUCAACGCCACUUACACAGCAGAGACCAUCAAAGAUCUCUCAAAUGAAGAAAAGAUAAACUGUAGCUUUGAAGAGAACGUCUGCCUCUGGAGACAGGAUUUUGAAGAUGAUGGUGACUGGUUACGAGCAAAAGGUGCUGCUCUCCCGCCCAACACCGGCCCAAGCUUUGAUCACACGACUGGAAACCAGUCAGGGUACUACAUUAUGACUCCUCGGACCCCUGGAAGUUGGGAUAAAAAGUUUCGUAUAUACAGUCUUCCUCUGACUCCUACAAAGGAAUCCAUGUGUCUGCAGUUCUGGUAUCACAUGUUUGGUGAGGAGGUUUGGCGUCUGACGGUCACGGCACAAGAAGGCUCAUCCGUCACCGUCCUCUUCCAGAAAGAAGGGAACUACGGGGACAACUGGAACUACGGUCAAGCCACGCUGAACAUGACGGCGGAGGCUGUGGUGGUGUUCGAAGCGCAGAAGAAGGCAGGAUUUCUGAAUGACAUUGCUCUGGAUGAUAUCAGCGUAGCGCCGGGUUCUUGUGGAGGGGCCCCUCCGGAGCCGACCCUGGUCCCUCCUCCGACCACUCCUCCUCCGAUACCAGAGGAUUGUGGGGGACCGUUCGACCUGUAUGAGUCCAACUCCACGUUCAGCUCUCCAAACUACCCCAACGGAUACGGACACAAGGCCUCAUGUAUGUGGACUUUACACGCUAAAGAAGGACAGAAUAUCCAACUGCAUUUUCAAGACUUUGCUUUAGAGAUGGCUUACGAUGUUUUGGAAAUUCGAGAUGGAGCGACGCCCUAUUCAGAUUUACUGGGUGUCUUCACCGGGGACCGUCCCGUCCCGGAUCUGUUCUCCACGAGUUCUCAGAUGACGGUCCUGUUGUUCACGGACGCUUCGGGGCACGACCGAGGCUUUCUGGCCAACUUCAGCGCAGGCUUUAACCUCGGUCAACCAGAUGCGUGUCCCGGCGGUCAGUUUCAGUGCGGCUCGGGAGCGUGUGUGUCCGGCUCCGGUGUGUGUGACGGAGAGGAAGACUGCGCCGACGGCUCUGAUGAAGCAGACUGUGUGCGUGUGGUCAGAGAUGACGUGACUGCAGCUGACCGCCUGAGACUCCGGGUCCAGGACCAUCUUUACACGGUUUGUGCUCAGGACUGGAGCUCUGCGCUCUCGCUCUUCUUCUGCCGCUAUCUGGGCUACAGGUCUGGAGAUGCUUCAUUCUCCAGCAUCACGGAUGGAGAUGCUCCUUUCACUACAGUGACUGUGAACACCAACGGCUCUCUGGACCUGAAACCCAGUGACGCGUGCCUCGGUGAGAAGGUGGUGUCUCUGCACUGCAACAAUCAGCCCUGUGGCGCCCGUAAAGUGCCCUUGAAAACAGAUGGAAGCAAAGCGGGCAGAGUGGUGGGCGGUCAGGACGCCCAGAAAGGGGCGUGGCCGUGGAUGGCGUCUCUGCGCUGGUUGGGCGGUCACGUGUGUGGAGCCACUUUGAUUGACAGAGAAUGGCUGAUCACAGCAGCACACUGUGUUUAUGGAAAGAACCUCCACCUGAAGAACUGGGCAGCGGCGCUGGGUCUUCACGCUCAGUUCGGCUCGGAGACCUCGGACAGACAGACUCUUCUGAUCGACCGCGUCAUCAUGCACCAGCGCUAUAACAGGAGAACCAAGGAGUCGGACUUCGCUCUGAUGCACUUACAGACGCCGGCCAACUUCACCGAUUACGUGCAGCCCGUCUGCCUCCCAGACACUGGAGCUGAGCUUGAAGAAGGGAGGAAGUGUUUCAUUGCCGGCUGGGGUCUGACAGCUGAAGACGGGACCGGAGCAGACGUGUUACAGCAAGCUGUUGUUCCGAUUUUAAACAACAAACAGUGUCAGGAAUGGCUGCCGGAGUAUAACUUCACCGAGAGGAUGCUGUGUGCGGGAUACGCUGAAGGAGGAGUGGACUCGUGUCAGGGGGACUCCGGCGGUCCGCUGGUGUGUGAGGAGGCCAGCGGCGGCUGGGUUCUGGUCGGGGUGACGUCUUUCGGUGUGGGCUGUGCUCGUCCUCAGAGGCCCGGGGCGUACGCUCGGGUCAGUCACUUUAUUCAGUGGGUGACAGAGAACCGCCGGCUCUACUCGGACUGGAGAGGAGGCUGACCUUUCACCCGCUCCGCUCAAUUUCUGCUCAUCACUACACACUAAAGAUCUGUGCACUUUACUGGCAUCACAAAACAUGUGAAUGAUGAAGGAAAAUGCUUUUGUUAGUAACCAGUUUGUAAUAUUUAUCCUACCCAACUCUGAAUUAAUUCUCAAAUGCUAAUAAAAAUAUACAUUUAUUUAAUGAAGAGGAAUUUUUUUUUUAUUCAUUUAUUUUUUUAAAUGGAUUUAAACAUUUAAACAGAGUAACAAAUAAAUCAAAUAAAUGUCAAAUUAAGUUAUUAAGUGUUUUAAAUUUCUAAUCCUUGUUUUGUGUGAUAUUAAGCAGAGCUUGGUUAACUAGGUUAUUAAAGAAGUGUCAUUCUUUUUUGUAUUAUUUUAUUAUUAUGUAUUAUUGUAAUAAACCUAAAUUGUAAAACUGA